CAUAACUCUAACACCCCUAAUUAAAGUUCCAAUCCUGGUUAGCGUUAAUAAGCGACAAUCACAACAGAUAGAUCCAAAGAGAGACCAUCGAAGCAAGAGAAACGGACGAUGACGGACAGUUUGAUUCGAGCACUAGUUGAAGCGAUUCACUCCACUCCUACUCAGGCCGUCCUCUACUUCUCCGGCGGUGCUUCACAGGUCUUAGGGUGGUUGGCGGCAGUUCCUGGAGCGUCAAACACAGUUCUUGAAGUUAUUGUUCCUUAUUCUCGUAUGUCAAUGAUCCAAUUGCUUGGGAAGGUACCUGUUCAAUUCACUAGCAAGGAGACUGCUGAAGACAUGGCAUUAGUGGCUUAUAAUCGUGCUCUAAAGCUCUCCAAACCAGGUUCUCCUGUAGUAGGUGUGGGAUUUACUGGUUCUUUGGCUACCACACGUCCAAAACUUGGGGAUCACAGGUUUUACUUGUCAACACGAACUUCUAACAGGCUUUGGGCUUCUUCAGUAACUUUGUCAAAGGGUUUGAGAAACCGAGAUCAAGAAGAAAGAGUAUCAAGCCAAGUUUUACUCAAGGCGAUUGCAGAAGCUUGCAAGGAACUAGAACAACUAAUACAAGGCAAAAUAUGUUUCAAAAUCUUCCCAUUUUCAAAUGGCACACAAACUUCAAAUGGAGAUAGGAAAGUAAUUCUUUCUGGAUCUUUUAAUCCUCUACAUGAUGGACACCUUAAGCUCCUUGAAGUUGCAAUGAGCCUUUGUAGUGGGGGGUAUCCAUGCUUUGAGUUGUCAGCCAUAAAUGCAGACAAACCUCCAUUGACAGUUUCACAGAUUAAAGAUCGUGUUAAACAAUUUGAAAAAGCUGGAAAAACAGUGAUUAUUUCUAAUCAGCCGUAUUUCUAUAAAAAAGCAGAGCUGUUUCCUGGUAGUGCUUUUGUAAUUGGUGCUGAUACUGCAGCAAGGCUUAUAAAUCCAAAGUACUAUGGUGGCAGCUAUGAGAAUAUGAUAGAAACACUUGUCGGAUGCAAAAGAACAGGAUGUACUUUCCUCGUAGGUGGUCGAAAUAUGGAUGGUGUUUUUAAGGUUUUGGAAGAUUUUAAGAUUCCAGAUGAGUUAAAAGACAUGUUUAUUUCGAUACCAGUUGAUAGGUUUCGAAUGGACAUUUCAUCAACUGAAAUAAGGAAAGGCCUAGAGUUGAAGUAAAAUAAUAUAUUAUUUGAGUGACAUUGGGUUAUUAUUUUGAACUUGUUAUUUGUAAACUAAAUCAAUUUGGUGGAUUUUUGUUAACUUUAGAUUUAUCAAAUGUCAAUUAGUGUCAGUUUUGG